AUGGAUCAGUUGUCAAAAACCCCAACUGCGCCAAACAAGGCUGAAAUACAGGAAACAGUGGAGCUUCUGCUUGACGCUUUUGCUGCUCCGCGGAAGGACCGACAGCCAACCGCACUGUCAGUUAGUGAGAUUGCCAAUGACUUGAAAGACAGACUUCCGCCUGCUCCAAAUAUUGGUCCAGUCAACACUAUGCUCAAACAUAUGAAUCCGAGGAAAGCAGCAGGUGUUGACGGUGUGCCUUCGUGGCUCCUUGAACAGUUUCACGAAGAAUUCGCACCAGAUGUACACGAUAUUAUCUGUGCCAGUAUAGAACAGUCUAAGUACCCUACCAGCUACAAGCAUGCUCUGGUCAGCCUGGUACCCAAGGUUGAUAAUCCGACAGAUAUAAACAAUGGCUUUAGGCACCUUUCAGUUUUGCCACAAGUCACCAAAGCGUUGGAGAGGAUCCAGCUAAAGCUUAACCUAAAGUACCCUAGUCUUAAUGCUUCCCAACACGCUUCUACGGAAGACAGAUCUACUAUGACUGCGCUUGCCAGCAUCACACAAGACUGGUACAACGCUACAGAUUCCGGGAAUCCAUAG